GCCUGUGCCGGUGGGUUAGGUGUGACGGAAGACGUCGCAGCAGAGGAGGUGGCAGCCGAGCUCGCCAGGGGCCGAGGCAGAUUUGAGCCUUAGCAUCCAAACCAGAGCUGGCGAAACGCGAGGUGUCCCGGCAUGCCAAGAGCCGCGGCAGCGAAAAGUUAGCUUGCAAAUUCCCUGAGCGCGGCUGGAGAGGUGUGCAUCAGCAGCCUGUCCCAUCUGGGGGCGGCUCCGGUAUCUGGGACCCAAGUGACGUGCUCGCGACGCCCUCCGGAACAUUUGAAGGAACGCGGGGCUGGGAAGGUUGGAAUAGGGGAGCUCAAGGUAGUGCACCAGGGAGCAUCCCCUCAUUUUACUCCCUCAAGAAUCAAUUGAUGAGGUUGCAUUCAUGAGUUCAAGUAAAAGAGUGGAUUUGAAAAUCAUUAUCAUUGGAGCUUUGGGUGUAGGAAAAACCUCUCUCCUCCACCAGUAUAUACACAAGACAUUUUAUGAAGACUAUCGCACCACCCUGGGAGCUAGUAUCUUGUCCAAAGUUAUGGAAGUAGACCGCACACCACUGAAAUUGCAGAUUUGGGACACUGGAGGCCAGGAACGAUUCCGGUCUAUUGUGUCCACAUUCUAUAAAGGUUCAGAUGGCUGCAUGCUGGCUUUCGAUGUCACAGAUAUGGAUUCUUUUGAGUCCUUGGAUGAUUGGAGGGAAGAUUUUCUUCAAAAGGUCAACUCUACAGAGCAAGGCUUCCCUAUGGUUGUGCUGGGGAAUAAAAUUGAUCUGAAGGAUCGACAAGUGUCCAAAGAGAUGGCUUCAUCCUGGUGCAAGAAGAAGGAUAUUGCAUAUUUUGAAGUUAGUGCCAAGAAUGAUAUUAAUGUGGUGCAGGCUUUUGAGACCCUGACAAGGCAAGCACUAUCAAGAUAUAAAGGGAUAAUUGAGAACUACCUAACGGAAUCUAUAAAGCUCAGUCCAGAAGAUCAGCCCACAACCAAAUGUUGCUGACAUCCCAUUUGGAAUGAUUUGACAUUUACACAGUCUGAAAGUUGGCGCAUGGAACAGCUGUUGCUGCUUGGGAAUUCAGCCCAUCGGGGCAGAGGAUGAACUGAUACCGUAUUGCCCUCUGGCAUCCUAGCAAAGAUGGAACAGACUGCUGGUUACUGAACACACAGACAUUCAGGAAUCAGCAUCAAGAAUCGGGAUAAUGUUUAACCAGCUGAAAGAGAUAACCUUACUGUAUCAGUCAGACCCCUCUAAGAUGCCACUUCGAAGUUCAGAUCCAUGUUCCAGAAUACUCCAUGGAAUGACUUGAUCUUAUUUUGAAGCUGUCUCCUAUAUUUUGUCAUGUUCUAUUGGUAAAACUGCAUAGAUAAGCUCUGGAUCAUCUUGGUCCAGCUUGGGGUUUUCUAGAUAUGAUACAGCUUAAACUCCUGGAAUUCCCAGAUAGCACAGCUGAAGGAUAAAGGCUCUAGAGUGGGUUGGGAAAAGCUGACCUAGAUAGUUCAGGCACUGCUGCUUAAAUAAUAUACAUAUGUGGUACAUUCCAGAUACUUAGAUGCCUAUCCCUCAUUUUAUUCCCACAGCAACCACUGUAUGAGGUAUGUUGAGCUGAGAGAGAGUAACUUGCCUCAAAUCAUCCAGUGAACUUCCAUGGUAGGGAGUUGACUAGAAUAUAAGUCUGCAUAGUCUAGGUCUAACACUGAACCCCUAGACCAAACCCAGUGGGUUACCCCUCUCAAUUCCUGACCUUGAAAAUACAAUGUUAAUCUAAGAAUAUUGAUUUUGCAACAGAAAUGCAAAACUUUUAAUAUUGGUUCACUAAUAUUACACAGAAUUGGAAGCUAAUAUCACAUAGAUAUUUAUGACAAUUUUUGCAUAAAAACAAAUGCCCUUGAACAAAGAAAAUACUGUAAAACUAUAAAUGUAGACUCCAUCUUCAGUGUCUUUAUCUUUAUAAAAGGGAUAGCGCUUACUUAAAAAGCAGUUCUGCGGAGAAUUUUUUUAAAAUAUGGAAGAAAAAUGAAAUAUUGAAAAAGGGAAUAUAAUGGAAUCAAUUUGUACAUGGAAAUAUAUAGCAGACAUUUGAAAAAGGGAUCUCUUUUUUAAAACAUUGGAUGGCUAGUAUUUUAUUGCCGCUGUUCAAGGACCUUGUUUUUCACUGAAAAGAGUCCCUGAUGUGAAUUGUAUUUAUAUAAUAGACUGAAGCCAUUUUCAGAAAAGAUGUUCUCACAUUGAAUCAGUGUGGAAACUGGGAGCAUAAUCAGGCCAAUUAGCACCCUCCCUGCCUGCCGUCUACUUCUUUGUUGGAUAUACAGUACUUACAAGAAGGAAAGUUGCAGGUAUUAGGGAAAAAUACUUUCUUCUUAUAAAAGUUAAUGAUGCAUAUAUAUGGAUUGAAGAACAGAGUAAACUGGCACACGAGAUAAAGAUCAGGUCAGGACUAGCUGAUGUAAACAUCCGUUCCUUGCUCAUAUAUUGAGUGAAUGUGUCAUCUUCUUUCAAACAAACAAACAAAAGAGGCUAGACUAAUAUUUAAAAUAACUAUAUAGCUCGGCCAGUGCAGACCGCAAUUGUAAUAAAAUUAUUAGUUAAUGCAGUUAAUGGAAGGAUUUUUAUUGAGAGAAUAAAAAGAACCAAAUGGAGUCUGAACUGAUAUCUCAUUGCAAGCCAGAAUGAACUGGGCAGGGAAACAUGAUCUUGUGAAUCUGUUCUGGAAAUAUUUUGUUGACUGUACUUCUUGAACACCUUGGAAUUCAGGUUUGGCUGGUGAGGACAGAGCCAAAUUCAUUUUUGGAUAUUGUGCUGCCAACUCAAUUAAAAUUGAAUUU